AUGACGUCCUACGGCCUGCCCCCCCGCACAUCCCUCCCGCCAUCCACCGCCUACCCAGGCGCUCACAACACCACGGCCGCAACAACAAUCACUCAGGUGCCAGAAGGGAAAUACACCACCACCAUCUAUUCGUAUAUCCGUGAUGGAAGGCAUCAUGAUGUGAUUAAGAUUCUGGCGAAUGAGCUUGUUGUUAGUCCGGAGAGUCGCCCGGUGCUGAGUUUGUUGGGUUAUUGUUGGUUUAUGGUCGGGGGGUUCGCGGAGGCUGCUGAGUGUCGAUGCCAUGGCGCGGGAUGGAUGUAUACCACACAGAUGUUGACGUUUCGCUUUGACCAUCGAUGUAGUUAUGAGCAACUCGCCCGGCUGUACCCUGAAUUCGAGCACUACCGGGUCUACCACGCGCAAAGCCUGUACAAAGCCGGCUUGUACGAAGACGCCCAGCGGUCGAGCGCCUUGAUCGAGACGGCGGAGAAUAGCGAUAAGGCGGUCAAGUUACAAGCAGCAAUAAAGUACGCCACCAACGACCUAACCGGCUGCAAAUUCCUAAUCGACUCCCUCCCUGCAUCCGACACUGAUACAGUCAUCAACAAAGCCUGUCUUCUCUUCAAAGAAGGCAAAUACGACGAAGCCUGCACAGCGUACAUGGACGCGCUCAAGAUCGUGGGCUACACCGCCGAACUCAGCUACAACGUCGCGCUGUGCUACUAUAUGCAGAAGCAGUUUGUGCCGGCGUUGAAGUACAUUGCGGAGAUUAUUGAAAAGGGGAUUCGGGAUCAUCCUGUGGAAGCCGCCCGCGAAGCCCUAACCGACAUGCCCCCCCGCAACGAAUCCGAGCUGGACCCCGUAACCCUGCACAACACCGCGCUGAUGAACAUGGACGAAGACCCGACGGGCGGGUUCGAGAAGCUGAAUUUCCUGCUGCAGCAGGUGCCCAACCCGCCGCAGGAGGCGUUUGCGAACUUGUUGCUGUUGUAUGUCAAGUACGAGUAUCUCGAUCUCGCGGCGGAUUUGUUGGCGGAGAACAGGGGCGUUGCGGAGGGGUAUUUGGAUCCGAACGUCUACGGUUUCAUCGAAGCCUCGCUCCUCCGCCAAUCUUCCGCCGAAGAAGCGUACAACAAAUUCGACGACCUCGCCAACCGGCAAGCAGACAUCCUCCGCAAACUCACCAAACAGGUCCAGGAGGCCCGCGCAAACCAUGACGAGGACGCCGUUAAACGCAUCGUUAAUGAAUAUGACGAUGCCGUCGAACGCUACAUCCCCCUCGUCAUGUCGCAAUCGCGCAUCUACUGGGACCGCGCCAACUACGCGAUGGUGGAAAAGAUCUUCCGCAAAUCCGUCGAGUUCUGCAACGAGCACGAGGUGUGGAAACUCAACGUGGCGCAUGUGCUGUUCAUGCAGGAGACAAAGUACAAGGAGGCGAUCAGCUUCUAUGAGCCGAUUGUACGGAAGGGGUAUGACAAUAUCCUGAACGUCACCGCCAUCGUCCUCGCAAACCUCUGCGUCUCGUACAUCAUGACGUCCCAAAACGAGGAAGCCGAAGACCUGAUGCGCAAGAUCGAAAAAGAGGAGGAACGCACCUCGCUCCCCGCCGACCCACGGACGUACCACCUGUGCAUAGUGAAUCUGGUGAUCGGGACGCUGUACUGCGCGAAGGGGAACUAUGAGUUUGGGAUCACGCGGGUGAUGAAGAGUCUGGAGCCGUUUAACAAGAAGUUGGGCACCGACACAUGGUACUACGCCAAACGCUGCUUCGCGUCCCUCUUCGAGAUGCUCGCCAAGCACAUGAUCCUGCUCAAAGACAGUGUAUUUACCGAAAUCCUCGCGUUCUUUGACGCGUGUGAGCUGCAUGGGCGGAAUAUCCCCGCGGGGGGCGGGGGGGUGGGAGGGGCCGGUGUUGUAGGAGGGAAGGAGGAGGGGAAGAGGCGGAAUGGGAAUGUGAGCAGUGAGGCGAGGCUGUUGAAGAGUUUGUUUUUGAGGCUUUAUGCUUGA